ACCGCGCCUCCUAGCUUUCAGCUCCCCCCAAAACCCUAACCUCCCUCCCCUGAAAAGUGAGAGGUUAAAGAGACAGCUCCGUCGCUGUCCGCCUUGACCGAGCCUCAAGCUUCGUUCUUGGCCCUCGUUUUUCCUCCUCUUAUCUUUUCACUACUAACUAACCAACCCCCGUUAGGUUUAAUCAGAAAUGGGCAAGCUAUCCAAGGCCGAGAAGAAGAUCAACUACGACGCCAAGCUCUGCAGUCUCUUGGAAGACUAUGGCCAGGUCCUCAUCGUCGCCGCCGAUAACGUGGGCUCCACUCAGCUGCAGAACAUCCGCAAAGGUCUACGUGGCGACUCGACUGUUCUCAUGGGAAAGAACACCAUGAUGAAGAGGAGUAUCAAGAUCCAUGCCGCCAAGACCGGUAACGAUGCUUACCUCAACCUCGUCCCCCUCCUUGUGGGUAAUGUUGGAUUGAUCUUCACCAAGGGAGAUUUGAAGGAAGUCAGUGAGGAGGUGGCCAAGUACAAGGUUGGAGCUCCUGCUCGUGUUGGUUUGGUUGCUCCCAUUGAUGUCGUUGUUCCUCCUGGCAACACCGGUCUCGACCCAUCCCAGACCUCUUUCUUCCAGGUCUUGAACAUCCCCACCAAGAUUAACAAGGGUACUGUGGAAAUCAUUACACCUGUUGAACUUAUCAAGAAGGGUGACAAGGUUGGAUCUUCUGAGGCUGCCCUUCUUGCCAAGCUCGGGAUCAGGCCAUUCUCUUAUGGUCUUGUUGUCCAGAUGGUGUAUGACAAUGGAUCUGUCUUCAGCCCAGAGGUGCUUGAUCUUACUGAGGAUGAUCUCAUGAUUAAGUUCGCUUCUGGUGUCUCCAAUGUCACAGCAUUGGCAUUGGCCAUUUCCUACCCGACAAUUGCGGCUGCACCACACAUGUUCCUAAAUGCCUACAAGAAUGUGCUAGCAAUUGCUGUGGCAACUGAGUAUUCAUUCCCUCAAGCUGACAAGGUCAAGGAGUAUCUGGAGGAUCCCUCCAAGUUUGCUGUUGCUGUGGCCGCUCCUGCUGCAGCUGCCGGUGGCGCUGCUGCCCCUGCUGAAGCUGCCAAGGAGGAAGCAAAGAAGGAAGAGCCGGCUGAGGAGUCCGACGAUGAUAUGGGAUUUAGCUUAUUUGAUUAGGUUGUUUGGCUAAGUAGUUAUAAGUUUCAUGACCUUGACAAUUAUGUUUGCAUUUUAUUACAUGGGAUCGGAUUGUUUGCUUAAUGAUGUUAUGAAUUUGAGAUUGAUAUGUUCGAUGUUUUGAUGUUUUAUUGGUACUGCUUGUUACUAGCAAAAGAUCCGUGCGUCGCUGCAGGGUGGAACAUACAUGGUUAUUGAAUCUGUUUAUAUAACUUAUAUCCUAUGGAAAAAUGAAAGUCAACACCAAAGGGAAAUAAG